AUGGAUCUCCUGCCAAACUUUUCUUCUGUCACUUGGCUGCUCCUCAUCGUUUUCCUUAGCCUCCUGGUCCUCUAUGGGAUAUGGCCCUUCCAGGCCUUCAAGAAGCUGGGCAUUCCCGGGCCACAGCCUCUGCCAUUUUUGGGAACUUUCCUGGAGUACCGGCACGGAGUCCUGAAUUUUGAUCAGAUGUGCUUUGAAAAGUAUGGCAAAAUCUGGGGGAUUUUUGACGGCAGACAGCCUGUGCUCGCUGUUUUGGACCCCAUCCUCAUAAAAAAUAUCCUGGUGAAAGAGUGCUAUACUAUUUUUACCAAUCGUCGGAAGUUCGGUCUGAGUGGGAUCCUGGAGUUGGGCCUCCACGUGGCUGAAGAUGAGAAGUGGAAAAGAAUUCGUGCUAUACUCUCUCCAACCUUCACCAGCGGGAAGCUGAAGGAGAUGUUCCCUAUCAUUAAUCACUAUGGUGAAAUAUUAGUGAAAAACAUUGAGAAGAAAGCAGCUAAUGAUGAGUUUGUCACCAUGAAGGACAUUUUUGGAGCCUACAGCAUGGAUGUGGUGGCCAGCACAUCUUUCAGUGUGAAUAUUGACUCCAUGAGCAACCCCAAUGACCCCUUUGUGACCAACAUUAAGAAAUUGCUCAAAAUCAGUUUCCUAAACCCCGUGGUCAUAUUCUUAGUGUUGUUCCCCUUUGUUACCCCACUGUUGAAAAAGAUGGAAGUGACUCUGUUACCCUCAAAGGUCAUGGAUUUCUUCCAGGAUGUCUUCAUAAAAAUGAAGAAGGAACGGGAAAAGGGCAGCAGCACGGACCGGGUUGAUUUCCUGCAACUCAUGGUUGACUCGCAGAGCUCAAAUGACAGCUCCAAGCCUGCUGAGACUGACUCAUACAAAUCAUUAAGUGAUGAGGAGAUUUUGGCCCAGGCUCUUAUCUUUGUCUUUGCUGGUUAUGAGACCACCAGCUCCACACUCAGCUACCUAUCAUAUAACCUGGCCACCCACCCUGACGUGCAGCAGCGACUCCAGGAUGAGAUCGAUGCAAACCUGACCAACAAGGCUACUCCCACGUACACCACCAUCAUGCAGAUGGAUUACCUCGAUAUGGUGGUGAACGAAUCCCUCCGUCUCUUCCCGCCCGCGGGCCGGAUUGAGAGAGUCUGCAAGAAGACAGUGGAGCUCAACGGUGUGACUAUUCCAAAGGGCAUGGUGGUCAUAAUUCCAACCUAUGUGCUGCAUCAUGACCCAGCAUACUGGCCAGAGCCGGAGGAGUUCAGGCCUGAGAGGUUCAGUAAAGACAGCAGAGAGUCUGUUGACCCCUACACCUUCCUGCCAUUUGGGGCUGGCCCCAGGAACUGCAUAGGAAUGAGGUUUGCUCUCCUCGUCACGAAAGUGGCUCUGGUCGUCCUGUUGCAGAACUUCUCGUUCAGAACCUGCAAAGACACACCGAUCCCACUGGUUAUGGACACAAAAAGUUUCAUGCAACCAAAGCAGCCCAUCGUCCUGAAGAUGGUCCCCAGAGCCCAUGCUGAUCUGGAGAAGUGA